AUGGGAGUACCAGGAUUAUGGGAUCUCCUCCGCCCAGCCGCGUGCUCCCACUCGCUAUCGCGGAUGUCUGUCGAUGCGUUUGUAGCAAACAACCGUGGACACCGGGGACUGCGCGUAGGCGUAGAUGCCUCAAUCUGGCUUAUACACUCACAAACAGCGCCUGGCGGUCUAAAUCCAGCACUCCGCACGCUUUUCUUCAAACUGAGCAAGCUGAUGACGCUGCCGAUACUCCCUCUAUUCGUGUUCGAUGGGCCAGGCAGGCCCAAAAUGAAACGCGGUAAACAGGUACGCGGGAGACAGCCCCGCGGACUUAAAGACUUUAUUAAGCUUAUCGACGCUUUCGGCUUUGAGCAUCACCAGGCGCCCGGUGAAGCAGAGGCUGAGCUAGCCCAUCUGUCCAAGAUGGCCACCAUCGACGUCAUCCUCUCUGAUGAUGUCGAUAGCCUGCUUUUCGGCGGUGUCAAGAUUCUGCGCAAUUGGUCCCUCACUCUGUCGGGGAACAGCAGUCGAUCUCAGCUGCAACUGCAGGCAGAUGGACAAACCCGCACCCAUGAUUCACUUGCUGCCGACGAUCACCGCGUCGAGACCUACACACUUUCCGACGUGCACAGUCAUCCCUCCACCGCCGUCACGCCUGCUGGGCUUAUUCUCGUUGCGCUACUUGCAGGCGGCGACUACCACCCAGCCGGAGUGCAGAACUGCGGGACCAAAAACGCUUUCGGCUUGGCGCGAGCAGGUUUCGGGGAGAAGCUGAUGGAGGGUGUGAGCUUGACACCGCCAUCUGAGCUACCUUCCUUUUUGGAUGCGUGGCGGGCUGAAAUGCGCGAGGAGCUCACUCACAACACCUCCGGUCACCUCAGCAGCAAACGUCCAGCAGUAGCUGCAGCGCUAACGCCAUCUUUCCCCGACAUGGAGGUUCUCGCACGCUACACGCACCCACUAACGACGGCGUCGACCGAGUGCGACGCUGUUUACCGCGCCUCACUCGCCGCAGUCCGUUUCGCGAAAGAGCCCGAUAUCGCAGCCCUAGCCCGUUUCUGUGAGGAAUACUUCGAGUGGGGUGAACGCUCGCGGAUCGUUGCCAAAUUCCGCAGCAGCGUCUGGGACGGGGUGUAUGUGCGUGCGCUGCGCGCUGCCACUUGCGCUCUGGAUAGUGGGGAAUGUGGGGAAUUCAACGAGGAGGCCAAAUCUCAUCUCGUCCGCAUACACCAAACUCGCAACAAAAGCAACGCAGAAAGGUACGUCGAGUACCGCAUUUCAGUCGAUCCCGCACCUUACGUUCGCAUCGUGGAGAUGGCACUUACUGGUGACAUGCGCGCUUUGAGAGAGGCUCGUAAACGCAACGACCCUGCUCUGCGCGAUCUGCGCAACGCCUUGCCAGAUGAGAACGGUGGUAACAGCCUUGGCACGGAUGUCUCCUCGUCUAAUUUGGAUCUGACAGCGGAUCCUACCCCAUCUCAAACUCAAACUCAAACUCCAUCGCAGUCGCUGAAUACACAAAAAUCUAAACCACCUACUGACCAACACGCCCCGCUGAGAAUGUGGGUGCCGUCGCAGAUUCUCCGCGCCGCUUUGCGCAAUGAGACGGAUGCUUUCGAUAGCGGACGUGGUGUUCAUUCCAGUGGUAGCGAAAGAGUGGCGACAGUAGCCCCGAGCCGCAUCCCACACCCUGCAUCUGCUUUAGUACGCGAGAAGACCAUUGUGGAUGAGCAAGAUAAGCAAGAUGAGCAAGGAGAUGGUAAUGGUGGCGGUGAUAAUAGUGACAUUACUACUCGAUAUAGAAGUGUCAGAGGUAGUAGAGGUGGGAGAGGUAGAGGUGGUGGUAGGCGCAGACGCGCUACUGCCAACGACUUCACCACAAACACGCACAACACCCUCACUCGUCACGCUACCAUAGAAGACCAGCCUGAUUACACUCAAGCUAACAACUUUGAUUUCGUCGAUUUCACCGACUCGAAUAACCCCAUCGUCCUGCCUUCUCCACCCAAGGUGAGUCGUAAGAGGGCGACAAAGGGCGGUGUAAAUGUGGCGAGUACGGAAGGUUACGUAGGCAACCGCGCAAGCACUCAACGCACCCAGCAAACUCAACACACUCAACGCACUCCACGCAAAACCAGCGGUAGUAAGCGCCACGUCGAUAGUACGUCGACUGACAAUCUCGGUGAGCGUUUGAAGCGGAUUGGUGCGGUGGGAGAGGGUGCACAAGACACUGCAGCGCCUGAAGAUUUAAAUGCCAGGGAGGAAUUAAGAGAUUCUGAAGACGCAGCAUACUCAGGAUACUCAGGAUAUUCAGGUCAUCCUCAACAUCAUCGACACUCUCCGCCCAGCUGCAGCAAAACUCCAUCAAAACCCAAACAAUAUAGCCUCGCCAGCCCUCUGGAUGCAUCGCUCAGUCCACCGUCGCCUUCGGCGUUGUUUGGUUUGGGUGGAAUGGGUGGAAAUGAGAAGGAGAAGGGGGAAUUUGGGGAAUAUGCUCUGAGGCAUAGGCAUAAACCUAAAAACAAAAACAAGGAACCGAUACAGAUUGACGAUUCACCCGUAAACACAAACAACACCCAGGACCUAGAUGGAGAAAGAGCGAAAACGACCCGUACACACGCAAGCCACUCACCUAUCAACAUUUCGAGCGACGAAAGCUCAACGCCGCGGGGGAAGAGUACGAGCGUGGUGAAGGGGAGUAAGAGUAGGAGUAAAAAGAGAGAUUCACUGUCGCCGUCGUUGCGGCGUAGGAGUGAGGGCAGCAAAAGAAAGAACAAGACACUUACGGGUGUGUUCGCCGGGCGUAAGCCUGUGCAUACGCCUGCAUCUACGUCUGCCCACAAGCAGUUAAACAGCAAGACAAACGACGUUAUAGAUCUGACGUAG